AGUUACUCUCUUCGGUCCCGAAGAAGCGUCGUUCGUCCAGACCAAGCUCUAGCCAGUCCUCAAAGUACCUUCAUGACAUAGUGCUGGUCCCUCAGGUCAAGUACCGGCCCAUGGUCUAGAAAUCUCUCUCUCACUACAGCUAGAAGCAACUCGGCCACGGCUCACUGCCCCUCGACCAGGGUAGACAGGUCUCUGGCCAAUGCUAUCCUCCGCCGUCCGCCCGAGCAUGCUCCGUAGUAGUUGUAUAAGUUCAUCGUUGAGUGCGCCAUGAACGGCAACAGCACACUCAACAACCAUGGUCCAAGGUUUUACACCAGCCAAGCUUCCGCACUUCAGGGAGCCAACCAUUACCCUCUUCGACGGAAGUCAGCUUCCGCAAAUCGGCGCUGGGACAUGGAAGCACUCUGACGAGAUUGCCCCGAAGGCCAUCUACACCAGUCUCCAACUCGGUUAUCGACUUCUCGAUGGCGCCUACGAUUAUGGUAACGAGAAAGUUUGCGGUGAGGGCUUGAGGCGUGCCAUCGCCGACGGCGUCGUAAGGCGAGAAGAUGUUUGGGUCGCCUCCAAGCUCUGGCAGACGUUUCACGCGAAGGAGCACGUCCGAGCCGCCGUCAAGAAGUCCCUGGAGGACUGGGGCGUGAACUACUUUGACCUGUACUACAUUCACUUCCCUAUCUCCCUGGCAUAUGUUCCCAUCGAGACCCGGUAUCCUCCUGGCUGGUACUAUGACGGCGAGAGUGAGGUCCGCCACUCACGCGUCCCGAUCCGUGAGACCUGGGAAGCUCUGGAGGAACUCGUCGACGAGGGGCUCAUCCGCCAUCUCGGCGUGUCCAAUUUCAACAGCGCGCUGCUCAUGGACCUACUCAAGUACGCCCGUGUCAAGCCUGCCGUCCUCCAAAUCGAGAUCCAUCCAUACAACGCUCAGCAACGCGCCGUUGCCUAUGCGCAAUCUGAAGGCGUUGCUGUGACGGCCUACAGCUCCUUCGGUCCGCAAGGCUUCCUCGAGAUCAGGACGCCCAAGUCUCUCCACGCCACCUCGCUCUUCAUGCAGCCCGUCGUCACGCAGAUCGCCGACGCGCACAACAAGACGCAGGCGGAGGUCCUCCUGAAGUGGGCCAUCCAGCGCGGGCUGGCGAUCGUCCCCAAGGCAGACGACGUGCGCCUGCAGGAGCUGAACUUGCGCGUGGGCGAGACGAGCUGGAGGCUGGACGAUGAGGAGAUGGAGAGUAUCAAUGGACUGGAUUUAGGCUUGAGGUUCAAUGAUCCUGCGGAUGACUUUGAGGGCUGUCAUAUCUUCUCAUAGUGCCGACGCUUCGCCAGGGUUCCUGUACUGAUGACAACGAAGAUCAGUAUCGGCGUGUAUCAGUACUGGUAUAGGCCGCUUAAUCACCGCGCGUCACAUCGUUUGUAAUCCAAGCCUUAUGCGCUAUACUUACGCAUUGCCUCUAUAUCAGCGUACUGUGCACUCGGAACAAAGCACAUUUGCGAGGCUU